AUGUCUCCUCCAAAACCUACAACUUCCAUAGUAAUGUUUCCUAAUGGAAUUACAUGGAAGAAAUUACAGACAAAGAAUUGGGACCCUUGGCGCCGAAUUUCCCAGCUUCUCUCGCGGAGCGAGGUUCUGAGUCUCCCGAGACGAGAAGCGUUGUUGGUGCGCGUGGCGGCACCGUUUGGGAUUCCGGACAGCACACAAUUGCAGAAGCUAUCUGCAGUGAGCAGAAUCCCAGCCAGUCCCCCCACCGCCGUUAGAGGUCAGCACAAGAAGAUCGAGCAAGAAGAAAAUGGCUUGUUUGAAAUUCCAGAUUGUGAAGCAUUACAGAGGAUGAAACUUAUCCUCCCUUGCCACCCCAACCCCCCCCCCCCCACCCCGGCCUCUCCAGAGAGAGAUCCGGCAGAAGCGGAAGCUGAUGAAGGAUCAGGGGGCGGAAUACGGGUGCCGCCAAAGAGAACAGUUAAGAGCAAUCUACCUAAGCUAGAUGCUGCAAGAUCGACUUCAGAGAGGGGGCUUCCAGCCUUAAGGCGUGUGUUUGAUAAGACAAAAUUCAAGGGGAAAGGUCACGAGGCUGAAGACCUGAAAACGCUAAUGAGACACGUGGAGCCCUGGGCUCAUAGGACUCUAUUCCCCAAACUGCAAUUUGAAGAUUUUAUUGACAGAGUUGAAAACCUAGGAAAUAAGAAGGCGGUUCAGACCUGUUUAAAACGAACUGGACUUGAUCUGCCUAUUGUACAUGAAGAUUUUGUUAAUGAUGAAGUUGAGGACACUAACAGCCUUGAUGUAACUGCUACUGAAUCUGAUCCCUUUUUGACAAGUGCAUCCAACAGCAGGAAGUUUGCUUCUGAAUCAACUGGAAGCCUAACAGAAGAGCAGCAACAGAGAAUUGAGGGGAAUGAACAGCUGGUCUUGGAAAGAAGGCAGGUAAUGCUACGACGGAGUAAUAGCCAGUCCCUGGAAAGUGACGGGACAGUUGAAGAGACUAGAACUGGUGAGGAUCAAGAAGAGUCAAAUGGAUUAAACAGAGACACCGCUGAUGGCCCACAUGAUGUCCCUUCUGCCAGCACUCAUGAAGAGGAACAGCUCAACGCAGAGGAAACACAGCUGGAAACACUAACUUAG